CUGAUUUUAUUCUCUACACACUUUUUACUUCGGAACUACUUUAUUUUUGAACUUCUGUUUGAGUCUGUGUUAAACUCUGUAGUAGUCCUGACCCAGGCCUUUCUCCCAGCUCUUACCUGAUGGUCUGCAGCCUCUUCUUCAAUGCAAGUGAAACAUUAACAUGGUGAGCUAUGUCUUGGUUAUUCAACACGCUUUUGUGCUUGUGAAACUUGUGUACUUACAUGUGAAUUAUAAAUUAUUGCAAGACGUAUUUGCUGUAUAUACACAUAUACAUUUUGGUUUGUAAUCUCCAGUUUGCUUUUCUGUCUUUGGAGUCUGUACUUGGCAGCCUAUGCCUGCUGACAAUUUACUUCGUAUCAGAGCACACAGAGUUAAAGCAUCUGUCUGAUGCAUUUUAGUGUUUUUAGGCACUGUUCUGCUGUAGUCCCAGCUCUUCACCCUCGCAGUGGGGAUAGUGGUUGUGUGACUGUAUGAGUUCAUUCAAGGAGUUGAUUAUGGUGAAGAUAAUCUUUACCAAAUGUGCUCAGUUUUUCAGACAAGUGAGUUUCCUGAAUGAAUUUGCUAUGUCUGCACAAGCAUUUAGGGUGGGCAUAAGCAAGGAACAGCAAUCUCUGGAGAGACCACAGAAUGCUAUUUUAAGGGUUUGAGCUCUUGUACACCCACAAAAAUGGAAUGCUGAACAGAAGCCUGUUUGAGGUAGCAGCUGGAAUGUGAAAGAGGAUAAUGCCAGAAAACAAUAAUACUGGGAGAGUCCAUUAUCCAUCUCUCACUUUUCUCUCCUAUUGUAUCCUUCCACAUUAAGUUACGACAAAUGACACUGCUCAGAGCAACAGUUCAGUGAAUGCAUGUGAGAUAAGAAAUGGUGACUAGGUCUGGUUCAGGAAGUACAGAGAAAAAUAUCCCUAUGUUCUAUUUUCCUUUAGAAGGAGAAAGCUGGAAAAAAUCCUCUACAGUAAUUUAAGCUAUAUAAAUUACAAGAAUAAAAUUAAAAAGAAUUAAUUGUUGGCAGUUUGUAGGAUAUGACACAAUCCCUCAAUUUCUUUUGAAACGGGUCUGUUUCAGGGCUAGGACUAAGUAGUGAAUGCAACCUAAAAGGACCAGUAAAGGCAGAUGUGACUACAGCAGGGAGGAAAAAAACCUGUUCGUGUUACCUCUGCUGUGGUAAACUUUCUGGAUCGCUCUUAUACUGACUGUAGUUCUUUGUUCAUAGUUCUGAUUCCUUUCUUAAGCUCGGAGAGGUGUUUUACUUCUGUAAGUAACCAAGCAGUAGAAAAAAGCUAUUUGUAUUGUGAGAAUGGCAAGGAUUCGGAUUCCUAGCGCAAUUGUUAUACUUCUUGUUGCAGUUCAGACUGUGUUCUUACUCUUCAUGUGUGCCCGGUACAGUAGCUUCAUGCCUCAGUCUGAGCAGAAACCAUCUCAAGUCCACAUCCUCAUUCUCUCCUCCUGGCGGUCGGGAUCUUCUUUUGUUGGUCAACUUUUCAGCCAGCACCCCAACGUCUUCUACCUGAUGGAACCCGCAUGGCACGUGUGGGUUACAAUGUACCAGAACAGUGCCAAGGUCUUGCACAUGGCAGUGCGGGACCUCGUCAGGUCGGUCUUUCUGUGUGACAUGUCUGUGUUUGAUGCUUACAUGCCUUGGAAAAGAAAUUUAUCUGAUCUUUUCCAGUGGGCAGUGAGUCGGGCUCUGUGUUCAGCUCCUGCUUGUGACUCCUUUCAACGUACUGACAUAACCAGUGAAAUGGCAUGCAAGACUCUUUGUGGACGGUACCCCUUCAGCAAGGUGGAGGAAGCCUGUAAAACUUACAGCCAUGUUGUCAUCAAAGAGGUUCGGUUCUUUGACUUGAAGGUCCUUUACCCUCUUCUCACUGAUCCAUCCCUGAAUCUCAAAAUUAUUCACUUGGUCCGUGACCCCAGGGCAGUUGUCAAGUCACGGGAGCAAUCGGUUAAAGCAUUAGCUCGUGACAAUGGAAUUGUUUUGAGUACCAAUGGCACUAAAGUGGAGGACAGCAAAUACAAAGUAAUGCAAGAGAUAUGUAGAAGUCAUGUUCAGAUUUAUGAAACGGCUACUCUAAAACCACCUCAUUUCCUUAAAGAUCGCUAUUUAAUGAUCCGGUUUGAAGAUCUGGUAAGAGAUCCAUUAUCAGAAAUCUCAGAAAUGUACAAAUUUGCAGAUCUUAGUUUGACCCCCACACUUAAAAGCUGGAUCUAUAAUAUCACACAUGGACAGGGACCAGGAAAAAAAAAAGAAGCCUUCAAAAUCACAUCUCGAGAUGCAAUUAGCGUUUCACAGGCCUGGAGAAAUGUACUUUCCUUCCAGAAAAUUAAGAAAAUACAGGAAGUAUGCAAAGGUGCUAUAAACAUGCUUGGUUAUCAGCUGGUGGAUUCAGAAAAGGAGCAAAAAGAUCUGUCAUUGGAUUUAGUAUUGCCAAGACGACAAAAUCAAUUCAGUUGGUCAUCAUUUAAUCCAAAGCACUGAGACAUUAUUUUUGAGAGACCAGGGGAGGCAUGGGGGGGUGGGGAGGACAGUAUUUGUCUAUGGUGCAGCUUACAGGUAAUUUGAAAAACCUUGGCUGAUGAGUUUAACUAUUUUCCUGUCUGCUGUUUUUCCUAAACAGAAGAAGUUUUUUUCUGAGUUUCUUACACUGCAAAAACAAAACAAAAAAAAACAUGAGAAAUGCUGUGAGAUACUUGUUGAGUUGCAAAUUUACAGCUGAGCUGUGUUGUUCUCAGCAGUCUUUUAAAAAUAUAAUGGAAUUACUUUGAAAAAAAAAAAAGAAGAUGAAUUGUCAAAGAUGUCUUUGUUCAUUGGUAAUAGUUCACCUCUGUUUUCAUGCUUUAAGUAUUUAAGAAUAUCAGUUCUUUAUAUGUAUAAAUGGAACACAGUAGAAACUAAAUUCCUUCACUUUCUUCCAGAA